GUUAUUGAAAGGGGAGGAAUCGGUGUGAUGUGGGGCAGUGGAUGGGUACAGCAGCGCUGCCUCAAUGAAUAAUGGAGAUGGGCAUCAGCAUGCGUCUCUAGUCUCUGCGAAAACACGGAUGCUGGAAAUCAACCCACAACCUUUUCUGCUUAUUUAACCGCGACUCUGAGCAUGGAAACGGGUCUGGUCGCGAAUCAUCAAGUGAAAAAUGUUGGAAGCGGAGAUCCCCCUCCUUCGCCUCUCCAUCGCACACCUCCACAGCAACAGUCGCACGCAUUCCCUCAUUCCCAGCAGCAGCAGCGAGCCGUUCACAACCACAACAACAACAGCAGCAGCAUCAGACCGACACCCGUGCGCGGAGAUUCGGGGGAUCGACAGGAUGGAGGGGAAGAAAACGCUUUGGAGACGCAGGUCGAUCGCCAUCCGCGUUUGCUGAAUACAAGUGACGAGGAGGAUCGCUCGUCCAAACCCGGGGGGGAACGGAUGGGCAGCAGGUACGAGCACUCCAACUUUGGACCAACGAGCAACAAUAACAACAACAACAACAGCGGCGGCGGCGGCGGCGGCGGAAGCAACGCGUCCCAAAGCGGGAGCAGCUCAGUUUCUGAGUUUAAUCAUUAUUACGGGAAUGGAAGAGGAGGGCCUUGCUUUGAUCAACAUGGCGGACAACAAAGCCCUAGGACGGCUUUAAUGCAUCAGGCACAGAGCAACAUGGAUCAAGUGCAAAACUCCCACGAAGGGUACCAUAAUAAUCCAUACAACCACUAUCCCAACUACCGGCCGGGGUACGGUGGCGCUGGAUACGGUAUGAUGAGCCCAUCGCGGCAAGGGAACAUGAUGGGCCCAGGUACCAAUUCGCCCACUGCUGCUGCUGCUAAUCAUGGCAAGGCUGCUAUGGCCUCUGUUGCCCCGGCUCCCGGUGCCAAUGUUGGGGGCUUUCAGAGGUUUCCCGGACAGAACCAACAGCACCCUUCUGGAGCGACACCUACGCUGAACCAGCUCCUGACAUCUCCGAGCCCGAUGAUGCGGGGAUAUGGCAGCGGCUAUCAAGACUACAGUAACCCGCCGCCACAGCAGCAGCAGUCCGGGAUGGGUUUGGGGAAAGACAUGAGCUCCCCGUACAGCCCCGCUGCCAGCCACAGCUGGGGGGCACAGCAAAGAAACAUCCCGUCCAUGAGCCCCGGGAAUAACGGGAACAGCAGAGCUCAGGUGUCACCAAUGGACCCAAUGGCCAUGAAGCGUUCACAGAUGUACGGGAUGGGCAACAGUCCCUACUCUCAGCCGGGUGGAUCUUAUCCAGGACAGCCAUACGGAUCACCCACUCCUCACCGAUACCCAAUGGGAAUGCAGGGGCGUGGCCAAGUUGGCAUGGGAGGGAUGCAGUACCCCCAGCAACAGAUGCCGGCGCAGUACGGGCCACAGGGGAUGGGCGGCUACUGUCAGCAGGGGCAGCCGCCGUACUUCAGUCCUCCACAACAGCAGUCCACAACCCCCUCGCAGCCCCCAUACAUGCAGCAGCGCCCUCCAACACAACAGGACACUCUGCAGGAGGGAUAUGGCAACAGGGUCCAGUCUGGGAAACCAAACCACGAUGACAUGGGCCUUACACAACAGGACCGCCCGUCCAGCCUGCCGGAUCUAUCCGGCUCUAUAGAUGACCUCCCCACUGGAACAGAGGCGGGUCUCAGUUCGGCCGUCAGCGCCUCCGGGUCCACCAGUAGCCAGGGCGAGCAGAGUAACCCUGCCCAGUCGCCCUUCUCGCCCCAUGCCUCGCCCAGAGUCCCCAGCAUGCGGAGCGGGCCCUCGCCCUCGCCUGUCGGGUCACCAGUGGGUUCCAGCCAAUCACGAUCUGGGCCCAUAUCACCUGCCAGUGGGCCAGGUACACAGAUGGCCCCUCAGACCCCGGGAAACGUCCCAGACGUGGGCUCCCAUUCCUCUCACAGUCAGUCGCCCAUGUCUCAGGAGAGAGGAUUCGCACCUAACAUGCAGCGCAAUGCUCCUGGUCCCCAGUUUGGAGGCCAGCAGGCUGGACCUUCUAUGUCCCCACACUCCUGUCCCACUGGCCCUAUGCAGCAUAAUGUGGGCUCCUAUCAGCUGGGCCCCUCUUAUGGACCCCAGAGUGGGCAGUAUGGCCCUUCAGGUAACUACCCACGGCCUCCUAACUAUGGCGGAGCACCAGGUGCCAACUACAGUGGCCCCGGCCCAGGCAUGAGCAACAGUCUUGGCAUGAAUGCCAGCAGUCCAAUGCAUGGGCAGGGUCCAGGGCAACCCUGUGGCUCUAUGACUACGGCUCGAGGACCAGGGCAUGCAGCCGGUGGCCGGCCUUACUCCGCAGGCUCCAGCAGUGUGGCUCCGACCUCUCCCAACAUGCCUCAGUCGGCUGGCCCAGGGAUGGGUCCACCUCCUCCUAAUGUCAGCCGCAAGCCCCAUGAGAGUAGCCCUGCAUCUGCCCAGCAGAAUCCAGUCCCCUCGGGCCAGGCCAGGCCUCCCUUUGGCAGGUCCCCUGUGUACCCCGGCCUGUCUGGGCCUGGGGGGCGGCCAGCCUCCUUCCCUAUCCCUCACCCCCAUCACCCUCACUACAGUCCUGCGCAAGGCCAGGGCCAGCCUCACACUGAGCUGUUUGGGCCAAGCGGUUACCAAGCUGGGUCCCACAUGCUCGGAAUGGCUCCUGGAGGCCCCUACAACCAUCCACCGAGCAACAGCUCGGCCAGGAUGACCCCUCAAGGACCGUCCUACAACACAAUGCCCACAGGACCUAUGACAGGCUCAGGGGACACCAUGAUGCCCACCGAUCCCAAACUGAGAGCUGAGCACAAGGAGGAGGGCGGUACACCAGCCACAGAUCCCCCUAAGCCAAAGGACAACUACGGUUCUCAGUGUGUCUCCCAGCCUCCUACCCCUUCCCCUUUGUCCCCCAGCCCAGCUAGUCUGUCCUCUUAUCAGGGGGACGACAGCGAUAGCAUUAGCAGCCCUGCCUGGCCAAAGAACCCCAGCAGCCCUAAGCUCAGCACGGGGAACAUGACGAAUGAGAAGAUCACACGACUGUACGACAUGGGCUGUGAGCCUGAGAGGAGGGGAUGGGUGGAUCGCUACAUCUCCUUCAUGGAGGAGAGGGGCACGCCGGUCCCAAACCUGCCUUCAGUGGGCAAGAAGCCGCUGGAUCUGUGCCGCCUCUACCUCUGUGUUCGAGAAAUCGGAGGCUUGGCUAUGGUGAAUAAGAACAAGAAAUGGAGAGAGCUGUCCACCCACCUGAAUGUGGGAACAUCCAGCAGCUCUGCCAGCUCCCUCAAGAAGCAGUACAUCCAAUACCUGUUUGCCUACGAGUGCAAGGUGGAGCGUGGAGAGGAACCACCGCCUGACGCGUUCAACAUGGGAGACGGCAAGAAGCAGACACAGCAGGCCAAGAUCCAGCCACCCUCACCUGCAAACUCCGGCUCUCUUCAAGGGCCGCAGACUCCUCAGUCCACAGGCAGCAGCACCAUGACAGAGAUGCCAGGAGACCUGAAGCCACCGACACCAGCCACCACACCCCACGGACAGGUCACGCCACUACCGACUGCCAGAAACAGUGGUGUUAGUGUGCAAGAUCCGUUCUCUGAAGGCAGUGACCCAGCCUUCCAAAAGCGAGGCCCCAUGCAUGGAGAUCCCACCUCUAGAAUGCAGUUUGACACCAGUAAGGAUCCCUACGGAACUCCCAGGAAAGGUGUUUCUGAGUCCUUCAUGCCAGGGCAGAUGCCAGGCAGCGGCAUGCAAGAUAUGUACCCACGUGGCCCGCACUCAGGAAUGGGUAUGGGUCCACGACCCCAGUACUCCUACAACCCUGGUUUUGAGAGGAGGCCAGACCAUGUCAUGGGACAAGACGGGGGAAUUGCCCCCCCUGGAAACCAAAACAACAUGGUACCUUCCAACAGUGAUCCCAGCAUGUUCUCUGGCAGUAGAUAUGCCUCUCAUCAGAGACAUGGACAUGACGGCUAUGGGCAGCAGUACCCUCACAGCAUGCCAUAUGGUGCACAUGGGAUUUACCCCCAACAGCAGGGUUACAAGCGGCCUGGGGAAGGGAUGUAUGGCCCUCCACCCAAGAGGCAUGAGAGUGAAGCCUAUGGUAUGCAGUACGGGGGCCAGCAGCCUGACAGCCUGUAUAACCAAUAUGGUUACCCAGAACGUAGGCCCAUGCAAAGCCCAUUCCCCUAUCCAUAUGGACGUGAUCGCAUGCAGCCAGGUGGACAGGGACCUCCUCAGCAUAGCAUGAUGACUGGUGGACCACCCCCAUCCUCUAACUCCAGCGGUGGGCAUCAGGGGAACAUGUGGCACACCAGGCACGACAUGAGCUAUCCUUACCCUGGUCGGCAGGGUCAUGGGGCCCCAUAUCCCUCCAUGAGCCGCGGAGACGAUCCAGAAGUCAGGGCUAGUCAGGACAGUCAGUGGCCUGGUCAGCGUCAAUCACCAUACCCUCCACACUCUUCGUCCGCUUCCAGCUCCAUGCCCCCCAUGGUUAGCCGGCAACCAUCUUCCUCCUACCAAUCUCCUCCGGCAAUGCCAAACCACAUCUCUCGUGUCCCAAGCCCUGCACCAUUCCCUCGGUCUGUGGGUGGCUCUAUGUCACCCAAUAAGGCUCACAUGAUGGCCUCUAUGAAGCAGAUGCAAAAGCCGGGUGGCCCAGGCUCUAUGCCAAGUUCUCAAAGUGGUGGUAUUCCUGGGCAAGGCUUCCCAACAAUCCAUCGGGAUUACCCAUUGGACUCUGUGGAGGCCACACAGCCCCAGAUUAAACCCCGCCGAAGGUUAACUUCCAAAGACAUUGGCACACCAGAGGCUUGGCGUGUGAUGAUGUCCCUGAAGUCUGGGUUGCUUGCAGAGAGUACAUGGGCUCUAGAUACUAUAAACAUAUUGCUCUAUGAUGACAACACUGUGUCUUCCUUUGGCCUAUCUCAGAUGCCCGGUUUCUUGGAGCUCAUUGUUGAAUAUUUCAGAAGGUGCUUAAUAGAGAUAUUUGGGAUCCUUGAGGAAUACGAAGUUGGAUCAGAGGGUCAGAAAACUCUCCUCGGCUCGUGUUCAGAACCUACAGAAAAAGAGCAACCUUCCAAUCAAGACCUGAAAACCCAAUCCCUUGCAGAACAAGUGGAGAAGCAAUUAGAUACGGAGCCUGAGAAACCUCAGCCGAGCAGCUCGGCAGCACUCGUUAUAGAGAAAAAGGAAGAGUUGGCAGAGGGUAAGGCUGAUGAAGAAGAGAACAAAGUUGGUACAGAGCCAUGUCCUCCAGUGGAGCCCAGACCCAAGCAAGCCAGUAAGUUCGACAAGCUCCCAGUGAAAAUUGAGGAGAGAGAGGCUGUGGCUGAUACUGUGGAGGAUCGCUCAGAGCUGCUAGGCCUGGCCGGGGAGUUCACCAGUGGUCUGCUACAUUGGAAAGCAGGUGGAGGGGACUCCACUGCCCACAUCCAGACCCAUUUAGAGAGUCGUGGGGAAGAGGAAGAACAGAAGCCCUUAGAGAAUCAGGAAGGUGUGCAGGCACUUGGAAAAGAAACGGUUGAAGAAGAGCCCAGGAGGAAAGAGGAACUGAAAAGGGAACUUCCAGGCCCUUCAGAGGAAAACUUGACAGCCACUGUAGAUGACAUGCUAAGUUCUCGUCCAGGGCUGCUGUCAGGAGGUGAAACUCAGACAUUCCUCUUCCGCAACAGAGAGAACAACAGCAGCAUUACGUUGCUGGAAGAUGAGCCCCGAUGCUGGGAUGAAGCCCCUCUUUCAGUAGCCGAGGGCUGGCAAGAUGAGUUGGCCAAGCGCUGCAUCUGUGUGUCCAAUAUCAUUCGUGGACUCUCCUUUGUCCCUGGCAAUGACAGCGAAUUGGCUCGGCACCCAGGUUUAGUGCUCAUUCUUGGCAAACUAGUGCUUCUGCACCAUGAGCACCCUAAAAGAAAAAGGAUGGCACCUACCUACCAGAGAGAGGAAGAGCGAGGUCUGGCUUGCAGCAAGGAUGAAUGGUGGUGGGACUGCCUUGGUGCCUUGCGUGAGAACACCUUGGUCACCCUUGCCAACAUUUCAGGACAGCUAGACCUGUCUAUUUAUCCAGAAAGUAUCUGCCUUCCGAUUCUGGACGGGCUGCUCCACUGGAUGGUGUGCCCUUCAGCAGAGGCCCAGGACCCCUUUUGCACGGCAAACGGCUUCUCCUCGCUUACGCCGCAGAGGCUUGUGCUGGAGUGUCUGUGCAAACUGAGCAUCCAAGACUCAAAUGUUGACCUUCUGCUGGCCACUCCUCCUUUUAGCAGACAGGAGCGCCUCUUCGCCACAUUAGUGAGGCAUGUCGGUGAGCGAAAGAGUCAGGUGUGCCGCGAGAUGGCCGUAGCUGUUCUCUCCAAUCUUGCACAGGGUGACCCGACAGCUGCCCGAGCCGUGGCCCUGCAGAAGGGCAGCGUGGGAGCCUUGAUAGGCUUCCUUGAGGACAGUGUUUCCAUGGCACAGUAUCAGCAGAGCCCUCACAGUCUCUUGCACAUGGGACACUCCACCCACCCUGAGCCGCCCAGCAUCAACAUGAUGUGCCGAGCCGCCAAAGCCCUGCUGGCCAUGGCCCAAGUGGAGGAGAACAGGCCAGAGUUUGUGCUCUUCGAGAGCCGGCUUCUUGAUAUCUCGCUGUCCUCUGUGCUGAACUCUGGCGUGGCAGCCAUCCUGUGUGAGGUACUGUUUAAGCUCGGCCGCUCGUGACACGCACAAAGGAGCCUAGAGUGCCAUCAUGGGAACGCGCGGCUGAGCUGAGCCACAGAGAUCACACACAACUGUUGGUGUUAUAUUUUUAUUUAAGGAAAAGAACACAAACAAAAAUUGUUUUUACAUACAAAUGAAUAUAUAGAGAAUAUAUAUAGCUCCUCUGCCCCAUUUCCCAGUUUUCAUUUUGGAUUUUUAAAUGAUUUUAAUACAGAUAUUUAAUACUUGGUCUUUUUUUUUUUUCUAUUCUUUUUUAUUUGUUUUGUUUAGUUUCAUCUGUGUAUUUUUUGUUCAUUUGUUUUAACCAAAGUUUGCAUCUGAUACGCGUUUUUAGAGUAUUUUGCUCUCAGAAUGUUUUUAAUUGUUUUGAUGCAGUGUUUUGUUCGUUUUCUUGUGGGAAUUUGUUUAUUCGGGGAAUGCAGAUUUAUUUAAAUUGUGAGACAUGUUGUAGAUAGAACUUCUCUUGCAAAGUGUUGCGAUAAAAGAAAAAAGAAAAAAAAAAAACACUGAUUUUAAGACAUACAUGUAUACAGCUCUGAAAAAAAGCAUUGUGCAAUAGAUUUAGCUGGCUCAGAGGGGAGAUGAUGAAAUGUGAAUGACCACAGGCAAUGUUCUGACCUGACCACCAGUGUUGCACUGUUUCACCACACCAGUAUCUGAGGGUCAAGCGAGUGUUGGUUUCUAAUCUGACUUGCUUCCAUAUAAGUGCAGCCGCAGAGGGUCCUCUCUCUGACGGCAAACUCAAAAGUUCUUCUCUAUACUAUAUCCACGGGUCAAUUUGUAUAUAGAAACUGUACAUUAAAUGGGCCCCCUUUCACAUUUUUGUUUCCUCCAAGAGAUGUGGUAUUAUACAAAGUGAGUAGUUAAUGCUACAUGCUAUUGACAUUUGCAAAUGAAUAUUAAGUCAUUGUUUUCAGGUGAGGAUAGUCUUCAAACAUGUAAGGGGCCGUUCACACAGGGUGAGUUCUUGCAUUCGGUCUGCGCCAUUUUUUUUUGUUUAAAUGGUUGGUCAUAUGUGCACAUGCCAAACAGACACAUUUGGUCAUUGUGCGGCACCUUUUUGUUUUUGGUGUCUUUAAAGCCCAGCGUCAAGUUGAAAAUAGUUCGUAUUUCGAAAGGGUACACCGCAGAUCAAUGUCGGUUUUACAACAAUGGACCAAUCAGAUGAAUUUGGGAGCUGGAUAAGCGUCUCCUCUGGAUUAAAGCAUGUACAUUAGCAAUUGUGUAUGGGAUUUAAUGCGCCUGUAAACGCACUUGUUCAGUUUUUAAUUCAAGAAUGUAUUCUGUGUGAACGCCCCCAAAGACUUUCCUGUAUGUCCUUUAAUGAAGUGCUGUGUGACGAGAGAUAGCAAUGGCUCCCUCUAAUGGCCUUAGAUUUUUGAAAUUACAGGCUAACUGAAAAGACGUCUGAUGGCAUAAAUGUAAUUCAAUGUGAAAGUUACCCCAAAAUGACUUAAUGAUUUUAACAAAAAGUAUGUACAACUCUUUAUGUAAGCUCUUUUUGCUCCAUAUGAUUUGAUGACCAUUGUUUAUUCAGUAUAAAGUCUUUAUACAUGUUCCACAUGUUAAAAGUAAAUGUACAUGAAAUUUG